AUGGACGCGUUGACACCCCCACAAGUCACCGAGUACUUCAUCGCACUGGGCCAAACCAAGGCUCGCCAAGCCUACCUCGUUACGUUUUUCAAGUCAUGGCAAGCAGGGUGGAUGCUCGGCUUUGGCGCCAUGCUCGUCCAGCUCAUCCAGGCCGGCUCGCCGACCUUGAAGGCCGACAAUCCCGCGCUGCUCACUUUGAUAGCCGCAUUCUUCUUCCCCGUCGGCCUCCUCAUGCUCGUCUUGACGGGCAACGAGCUGCUCACCGCCCACCUCAUGUUCAUGCCCAUGGCGGCGCUCCGCGGUAAAAUCAAGGUCUGGGCGGUCCUCGUCAACUGGCUCAUUGUCCUGUUUGGCAACCUGGCCGGCGCGCUGUGCUACGUCGCGUUUAUGGCGCACUACUCGGGCCUGUACACUCCCGCCUUGCAGACGUUUUCCCAGACCGUCGCCGUCGCCAAGACGUCGGAAGGGUGGGCGGCAUGCGUCCUCCGCUCGAUCGGCUGCAACUUUCUCGUGUGCACAGCCGUGUGGCUUGGCGCGAGCGCGCGCGAGGUGUCCAGCAAGAUCCUCGCCAUCCACUUCCCGACCAUGCUGUUUGUGUUUCUCGGGUUUGAGCAUGUUAUCGUGAACAUGUACUACAUCCCCAUGGGCAUGCUCAACGGCGCCGACGUCUCGGCCGCACGGUACAUUGCGCAGAGCCUCGUCCCGUCCUUUAUCGGCAACUUGAUCGGCGGCUGUCUCCUCGGUAUCCCCAUGGUGCUCUUCCACGCGCCGCCCGAGCUCGACCUGCCCCUCCCGCUCUUCCUGCGCGCGCGACCCAAACAAGGGGACGAGGAGGAAGACGUCGUCAAGCGAGACGGAGAGGCUGCAGUGUCACGGGAGGGCAGCACGCGGACCCUGUAG